AUGACGGAGGGCGGCAUGGCGGUGGGCCACCACCGCAUGGUGGCAGAAGCUGUCGUGGCGGUGGUGGUGGUGGUGGUGACCACAUCCGCGGAGAAGUCCAAGGAGGCUCGGGCUGCCGCUCGGCGCGAACGGCGCGCAAAGAAGCGGCAGGGGAAGGUGGAGACGCAAGCAGCCUCCGUGGGCUCCCCGCCAUCGUCUUCCCCUUCACCGCCUCCCCCCGAGCCCACCGCGGCCACCACCAAACCGAGCUCCGCCUCCUCCAGCGGCGCUGCUCGCCCUCGUCCUAAGAAGCUGCCGGUGGCUUCCGGCGGCAGUAGCAGCAGCAGCAGUGGCAACGGCUCCGCCGCCGCCGCAGCAAACCCCAUGGGAGGCGGCUUCAACCUGGGCUCUGUGGGGGCCUCCGUGCUGGGUGGACUGGGGGCCUUAUUCGGCAUUCAACAGCUGCAGAAGGUGGAUGAACUCAAGGAGGAGAAGGAGGCGGUGCUGCUAGCGGCCAAGUCUCGGGAGGACGAGCUCCGCGCCAGUGUGAAUGAGUCCCAGGCCGCGGCCGCGCAGCUGGAGAGCGAGGUGGCGCGGGCUCGCGAGUCCAUCGAGGCCAAGGAGAAGAUGAUGGCGGAGCUGGAGAAGCAGAUUGUGGUGAUGCGACGACAGAUCAGCCAGGGCAAGGACCAGCUACUGGCGACCAAGGACAUGAAGGAGGCUACAGCGCUCAUGACGGAUCUGGCACCCAAGGAGGUGAUGCUGAGGGAGCUGGAGGCGCAGGUCGCCCUCCUCACCGUGGAGUCGAAGGAGGCCCGCAUGCUGCUGGCGGAGCGGGAGGCCAAGGUGUCGGCUCUGGAGGGGCAGGUGGCCUCCAUGCAGUCCAUUGUGCAGUACAGCAAGCAGGAACUCAGCCUGCGUGCGCGUGACGCCGCUGAGCUGACUCAGGUGAAGUCGGAGCUGAUCGCGAAGGAGCAGAAAGUUCGGGAGAUGAAGCAGCUGCUUCAGAUGCAGCAGCAGUCCUCCCGACUGGAGAUGGAGACCAUGCGGGAGGAGCUGGACAGCGCCCGCUCAGUGGCUUCGGAGCUCGAGAAGCGGAACGUCUCACUCAUGCGCAUGACUCAGCAGAGUCUAGGCCGCGAGGGCGACCUGAAGCAGGCGGUCAACAGCACGCGGGCCCAGGUCUCUAAGCUAGAGACCGCCGUCAACACCGCUACUGCGCAGCUGCAGCAGCGCGCCGAGCAGUUGGCGGAGCUGAAGAGCAGUUUGGACGAGCAGACAGCUGAAGUCGCGGCGCGUCAGAGGGCUCUGGACGAGCGUGAGGCCGAGCUGGCAGCUGCCCGUGUGGCGGCUGAGGAGCUGGAGGUGAAGAACAGCUCCCUGGUCCGCAGCCGCAGUGUGGAGCUUGGGAAGAUGCAGGACCUCAAACAAGCGCUGAAUGCGAGCAGGGCACAGGUCGCCUCCCUGGAGCGGCAAGUCCGCGAGGCCAACGUAGCUCUGGCGGCCAAGAGCGCCCGGCUGCGGGAGCUGGAGGUGCAGGUGCCCGCGCUGCAGAGGGAGCUCGCCACGGGCAAGCAGGCGCUCGAGGACAGCCGCGGGGAGCUCAUGACGGCCAGGACAGCUGCACAGGCAAGGGGGGGAGGGGAGGGGAGUUUAUAUGAGCUGGAGAAGAAGAACGCGGCCCUCAUCCGCCAGGCCACAGCCAGCCUCAGUCGCGAGGGCGACCUGAAGCAGGCGCUCAACGUCUCCAGGGCGCAGACAGCUCGGCUGGACGAGGAGCUCAAGGCGGCGAAGGCGGGGCUGGCGGAGGCGACGGCGGAGGCCACGGAUGCCAACCGGCGGCUGUCGGCGGCGGAGGCGACUGUACGGCAGACGGAGAGUCAGAAGGCGGCCCUGGUUCGCGAUGCCCAGAUGGCCCUCAGCAAGGCCGGGGACUUGAAACAGGCCCUGAAUGUGUUCAAGGAGAAGCUGGCGGCCACCCGGCAGGAGCUGGGGCAGCGGGAGCAGGCUCUGGAGGCGGAGCAGCGGCGGGCGGAGCAGCUCAGUGCGGAGAAGGCGGUGGCGGUGCGGGAGUCCCACCAGAUGCGGCACCAGCUGGACGAGAGCAGGAAGCAGGCCCAGCAGUUGGAGGUUGAGGUUGCUUCCACCCGCAGUCAGUUGGAGGUUGUGGAGGUUGAGGCGCGGGCGGCGGUGGAGGAGCUGGCGGCGGCCCGGUCUGCGCUGUCUAGCAGCGAGGCGGCCCUGGGCGCCACCAGCGGGCAGCUGGGGGAGGUGGAGAGGCAGAGAGCGGCGCUGAUGCGUGACAUGCAGGCGAGUCUAGGGCGGCUGGGGGACUUGAAGCAGGCUCUCAAUCUGUCCAAGCAGCAGGCAGGGCAGUUCGAGGAGGCGGCGCGCAAGGCGGAGGCUGAGGCGGCGGCCGCCCGGCAGAAGGUGACGCAGCUCACUGCACAGGCGGCUCAGGCGGCGUCGCGAUCGGAGGCUGCGGAGACGCGGCUGGCGGAGGUUCAGGCGGCCCUGGCGGCGGCGGAGGGCGCCCGGGCCGCCUUGCUGCGCGACAGCUCCGUGGCCCUGGGGGCCCAGGGGGAUUUGAAACAGUCCGUGAACGCGGCGAGGGCGAGGGUGUCGAAACUUGAGGCGCAGCUAACGGCCGCCCGGGGGGAGGCGAGCGCCAUGUCAGCGGCGUCGAAGGAAGCUUCUCGGCGGGCGGCAGCGGCGGAGGCGGCCCUGCGGGACAGCGAGGCGCGUCGUACGGCAUCGGAGGCGGCGGCACGCGCUGCUGAGCAGCAGCGUACGGCAGCUCUGUCGGCCGCUCAAAAUGCCAUCGGGCGGGAGGGGGAUCUUAAGCAGAAGCUGAACCGCGCUAACCAGGCGGGCUCCAAGCUGGAGCAGCAGGCGACUCAGGCCCGUGCGGCCCUGGAGGCGGCAGAGGGUCGGAGGGUGCGGGCGGAGGCGGCGGUGGCGGACAUGCAGAGUCAGCUGCGCACCUCGGAGGCCAAGUUCUCGGAAGCCGUACAGCGGGUGGCGGAGGCGGAGAGCCUCCUGCAGGCUGCGGAGGAGGAGGAGGAGAGGUCGCAGCAGCAGCAACACAACCACUUUAACAACCACGUUGGCAACCACUUUAACAACCACCUUAACAACAACAACAACAACAACAACCACAGCCCGGCGGGGCCGGCGGCGUAUGGGGGGGGCCCGGAAGGGUUUCAUGCGUACGAGGAGCACACGAAGGGCCGCUGCGGCAUCAUGGCUGUGAUGGUACCGGAUCGGAUUGGUCGGCCCAGCCCAGACCAUCAUCAGCCCAAUAUGUAUUUUUUAUGUAUGUACGUGUACGUACGUAUGUAUGUAUGGACAGGGACCGGAUACGACGUCAUGCCAAAAACCGGGCGUUCUUUGCAUUUCCAACGUUUUGCUCACUGA